AUGCUUUCUCUCCGCCUUCUCAAACCCCCAAUAUUCGCCGGAGCGCGAAGCACUCUCGCCCCCGCCAAUGAGGCCACACCACGUGCGCGCCUUAGCGUGGACGUGCGCACGGCUGAUCAAUCGAAGCCAGGGGUGGCGGUGGGGAGCCAGGAGGUGAUGGAGGCGGAGGGGAGGGUUCUGGUGGGGACGUACAAAAGGCCGCCCGUGGUGUUGUACAGUGGCAAAGGAUGUAAAUUGUACGAUCCUGAAGGAUGA